AUGGAAAAAGUUAAGCGAGGUAGGAGUGCAAACUUUUCUCUGCACGAGAGAGACAUUUUGGUGUCUCCAAUACAGAAGCAUAAAUCUGUUUUAGAAAAUAAGCAAAGUGAUGCUUCCACAUGGAAGAUGAAAGAAGCCGCGUGGGAAGACAUCCAAAAGGUAUUUAAUGCUCGAUCUGGGGGCACAUUUAGAACCACAAAAACUUUAAAAGUUAAAGAUGAGGGCCUCAAACGUUUGGUAAGAAAAAAGUCUGCUGUAAUACGCUCGGAGCUCUACCGUAUUGGAGGUGGCCGCAACACGGCGCCUCCACUAGACAACGUAGAGGAGCAAAUCAAGUGUUUGAUUUCAUUAAGCACAGACGGUAUGCAAAGCAUUUAUGACUCCGAUGUCAUAAUUCAAGAAAAUCAAGAUAACAUCAAUGUUCCUAAGGAAUCUCUACAAGUUGCUGAGAUUUCCCAGAUUUCCAAGUUUUGUUUAACUAACGUAAAUGUUGAUACAUUUAAAGAUACCCUCAUUGAAACUGACGACGAUGAAGAUGGAAUGACAGCUGAUGAUGAUAACUGA